CCUAAAACCACCCCUCAAUUUUCACGUUACAACUCUUUUGAAAGAGCUUUAAAGAAUGUCGAGGCAUUUAUCUCUAUCAAACAAGACCAUUAUUGUGGGAAACAUCCACAGAUGUGUGACGGAGGAGAUUCUGUUUGAAUUGUUUCUUCAGGCUGGGCCGGUGGCCAAGGUGCAUAUAUGCAGAGAUGGACAGCAGGCGCCUUAUGCAUGUGUUUAUUAUAAGCAUGCCGAAGCUGUUCCCUAUGCAGUCGAACUUCUCAAUGGAAUCUGGUUGUAUGGGCAGCCAAUCAAGUUACAGUGUAAUAAUGGAGACCAUUAUCAUAGGAGUGACGUGUUUGCAUUCCAAAUGGAGAAUGGACUGAUAACAAACAGUGCUGAUUCUGCUUAUAGGGAUAAUAUGGUUUCCAAUUUAAAUGGGAGUCCAGGUGUGGAGAGUCAUUCUAAUGGUUGGAGUGACAUGGUAUACCGCAGACCUCUGGAGGCAUGUCCUCCAGUUGUGUGGUACUGUCCUCCUCUCCAGCAGUGGAUGGAAUCUGGAUAUCCUCCUCGGACGUCCUGCCUGAAUGAGAAUUUGUUGCUCUGUAGGUCAGCCAGUGCCAAAAGACGACCAUACGGUGGGCACUCUUCAAACACCCCAACCCCUCUUACACCCACACAUGCACAGUAUAUUACUAAAUCAGACUGUAUGCUGUAAAUUAUUCAUAUCUGCAAAUGCUCUAAUAAAGCCAUAUAAAUGC